GUGAUGUCACCACCGGCUGUGUUUUUUUUCUGAAUAAACCGGCCAGAAUUUCCUUUGCCUGGCCGCAGUUGCGAAUUGGCGAGCGGCGAUGAUGGAGCGGAGGAAGAAGGGACCCACUUCUUGUGACUUGUUGAAGAUUCUUAUUUUCACUGUCAUUGGGUUUGCCAAAGAGGGAGACGGCAUACUUACCUUUGGGUCGAGUUUGCCAAAGAUUGUUACUCUGCAAGAGAAUUCCGCACCGUCGGCCACUGUAUAUACUUUCACAGUUAGAUCAACAAACAUACUCUCGAUUGCGGGUCCUAUCUUCUUUAACCCUAAUCCCGCCAGCCAUCCGUUUCAAAUAAUUCCCAUUGGCUCAAUAACCCCCGCUCCCUUUUCCUAUACAUACAAGGUGGCCGUGUCGUCCAACAGCCCUGUGCUGGACUAUGAGAGUCAAAGCUUUUACACACUGCCCAUUUACGUGACCGACAUCAAUGGAAUUUAUGUGAUGGAUGUUCUCACCGUCAACAUUACGGACGUAAAUGAGGCCCCAGAGUUUCUGGAUUCUCUUGGUUUGCAAACACUGACAUUAUACGUUCCUGAAAACUCUAACAUUUACGUGUUGUACCAAGUGCUGGUGUGGGAUCCAGACAAUGAUGUAUGCACGUUUCUUUGUUCACCCAACACAGAUUUUGAUAUUACUUCUCUUGGAGGACUUACGACGAAGAAAUCAUUUAACUAUGAAAUUGACUUCACAAACUAUACACUAAACAUUAUCGUGUCAGAUGGAAGAGGUCUCUCAGUGAAUGGAACCGUGCUCAUUUUCAUAGAGAACAUUAAUGACAAUUCACCCUCCUUCACCAAUGUCGUAGCCCACAACGUGACCAUCCCAGAGGAGCUCGCCCUGAGCACGCUCAUCACCACACUCUCGGCAACAGAUGUCGACAACUUGGGCCUUCUCACCUUCUCCAUUGAUACAGCCACUGGAUACCUAAGUGUGGACGCAGCAACAGGGGAAGUGAUGCUGUCCAAGAGGAUGAACCUGGAGGGCAACUGCCCACCUUCAUUGCUGUUUACCAUCAAAGUGUGUGACGAUGGGAAUAAGUGCGACAUCUCAACGCUAACGGUCAAAGUGACCGACAUCAACGACAACCCGCCUGUCUGCGUCGCCCCUUACUCGAUAGAUAUUAAUGAAAAUCAAGCUCCAAUCAGCGUGUUGACAAAUGUCAUUUGCACAGACAUUGACUUUACUGCGGUUAACCAAGCCUUCAGCUUUUCAAUGACCAACGUAGGCUCUGCUGCCAGCAACCUCGCGAUUAAUGCAACUGGCGCGAUUGAGCUGAGAACAGGUACCUUUGAUUAUGAGAACCUGGUGAAUCUGUUCAAUGGCUACACUUACUUGCUGACUGUGGUGGCCACAAACACAGCAACCCCCUUUCUCAGAGCUACGGUCACAGUGUACCUGCGCAUCAUCCCCGUGAAUGAGUUCACUCCACAGUUCAAUAGCACUACGUACCAAUUUGUUAUCGCCGAAACCGCAUCUGCCGGAGCGAUCCUGGGGAAGGUGCAGGCCACCGACCAAGACUUCCUUCUCAACGACAUAACGUACCGACUGCGGGGACCCGGUGUAGGCCGCUUCCUCAUAGAACCGACGGGUAACAUUAAAGCCAUAACCAAACUGGACUAUGAGCUCGUUCAGCGCUAUGAGCUGGUGGCGGAGGCAGUGGACGGGGACCCGUUUUUUCCCAAGACAGCCACAGUAACGGUGACCGUGAUCGUGGUGGAAGAGAAUGACGAGCCCCCGGUCUGCAAUCCCCUCUUGGCUCGAUUGACCCUCACGGACGCGGUGACUGUAGGAACCAACAUCCAAGGCUUCGCUCUGACUUGCACUGACGCCGACUCUGCUGCGGACGAGCUGCGAUACGACAUAUCCAGCGGUAACAUCAACAACCACUUUGGCUUUUCACCGACGCGCGGCUCCAAUUCUCCACGGCUGCUGCUCAUGCGCUUGUUCGAUUACAAGGGGCAGGUGGACACGGUGCAGAACUUCCGGCUGGAGGUGCACGUCAUCGACGACAACAAGCGCAACGUGUCGGCCCAGACCGGCACGGCCAUCAUCCUCGUCACCGUCGUCAGGACCGGCACCACUGCCAGACCUCUCACGGCGCUGUCCGACAAGCCCGGUGUGGUGUUGAGGAGGACCUCUGUAAACACCUACGACUGGAGCGAGUGGUACGUGCCGUUCCUGAUCACACUGGGCUCCUUGUUGCUGGCUGGCCUCCUCGCUUUCCUGCUCUACCGCCUGUUUAAGUCCAAGGCCUUCCGAAGCUGCCUACGAUCGUGCUGCAGCUCUCGGAAUAAACCCGCCAGAUUGCCACCAGUCAAAGCUGCAGAGAAAAAGAAAGUUGAGUUUGUGCAGGAAAUCACCAAGAUCAACACUGUGUUCGACGGAGAGGCUAUCGACCCAGUGACAGGGAAGACGUACGAGUACAACAGCACGUCGGGCGCUCGGCGCUGGAAGGAGACGUCGGCGCAAGCACCGCCCCCAGCUCCCGCAAAGACUCCUGCUCCAGCCACCGCUAGCACGGGCACAGCCCCCGCUCCCACGGGUGCUCAAGCCGCGAUCCCUGGCAAGGCUCCGGCAGCUCCUGCUGCUGCCCCAGCGGCGGCUGCUGCUGCUGGCCCAGCGGCGGCUGCUGCUGCUCCAGCAGUUGCGCCUCCUCCUGCUGCUGCUGUUGCACGAGCAGGUCCUCCUGCUACUGUUGCACGAGCAGCUCCUCCUCCCGCUGCUGCUCCUUCUCCUGCUGCUGCUGCCCCGGCCACCAAGCCUGCACAAGCCAACUCACCGCAGGCUCCACCAAAGAGCUCAAUGAAAGCGGAGCCAUCCAAGCCGAGCGACCCACGGAAACCCGACAAACCCAACAGAUGAACACUGCAGGCUUCAGUGCGUUUCCAAUCGUCAAGCAUGAGUCAAUAUCACGUAUAACACGAAAUGGGACACGUUUAAAGAACAAGGCAAUGAAAGGGGAAGCCUGAAUGUAACAUCUCAUUAUUUGUUAGAAAUUAUUGGUUAUUCGCAAUGAACGUGUUAUACAACUGUUGAGGUUAUAUCAGUGACAAUCUUCAUGCAAUAAAGAGAAAAACAGCUAAGACUAGAGUACAUUUUUAUUAAACAUCCCAAAAUUCUUUGCAGGGCCACUAGAUCACGUUCACUCGAGCCUGAUCUAACAUCAGCAUUAGACAUGCACAGCCAUUCUCCUGAGCAAAAGCAGCAUGGCAGCAUACAUAGUUUGUACUUAUCAGUUCAAUACAGGCCUGAUUUCUACUGUCAUGACUGUGUAUAGUGCAGAGAUCGGUAACCAAUAUAACAAUAAGAUUUAAAAAAAUUCCAAUUCGGUAGAAAACAACUCAGUAUUUUACGAUCCGCAAUGCAAUGUGAAUCUGAGACUUGCGGCACCGGAGCCGCAGGUUGUCAAGCCCUGGUCUAGUAUUAUGAUAGGACAGCUCUCUACACAGUCAUCCAUUCAAGUGGAAAUUGUCACAAAGUCCUGGAGAACAAGUAUAACAUCAUCUGUCAGCACGCAAUUAUAUUUCCUUAGCUGAAAGAAGUAUCAAAGACAUACUUAAACAAUUAUACGUGAAGGUGAAAGAUAAUUAACCUGCCCAACAUCUAUGUAAAUCCCUAACUACUUGGCAGGCCAACUGAGGCAUGUUGUGCAACAGUCACCUGAACUACCCAGAGCCAUGAAACUAUACAUGGUGUCUUUAACGGUGUCUCCAUUGUGAAAUAAUUAUAAUGAACCAUUUUAAUCUAAGUUGAUCCAACUACACUCACACGUUCUACUAUUCAGAUUGCCAUCGCAUAAGUUGCAUCUCUCUAAACCUCCACACUCGCUCCUUGUGCCUUGGCAACUGCGUAGAGGUUGUGAAAGUCCCAGGAAUUGUCAACAUCUCAGUUGUACCAUAUCAGCUUUCUGACUACUGAGCCACACGACAAUCACAGGUGAUGCUUUUUUAUGGAGUCACUCCCUUUUGGUUAUUUCCUUAAAUUGGUUUAUUCUUCAGUGGCACCGAUUGAAAACCAGUCGUGAACAUCGGAGCACCCAACUUUUCAGUGGCAUGAUAUGAUGUAAGCACUGACAUACUCUGCACUUUAUAGUUGAACAGUAGAUUUUGAUCCACAUGAUAAUUCAUAGUAAAUACAUCACAUCAGAAACAGGGAAGUAUUUUCAAAGUGAAAGCAUGUGGAAAACUAGUAUUGUAAUAUUGUUUCGUGAUUUUCAUCAAAAGCUGUAUCUCGUAGCAGUAUGAUACAUUAUGAUUUCUAUAUGUGUGUUUUUCAUGAGGAUUAUUAACAUGUCCCAUUGCUGUAGUGCACGAUGCGCUUUUAACGAUCUUAAAACUCCAGAUCUCACUCCCCACCAUAAUUCGUAUUUUAGUGUCUGCCAACAAGGUUGGCAUGAAGAUUGGGUUUUAGGAAAGGUGGUACAAGGACUAGAGAUGUUUGGUCAUCUUGUACUAGCAACUCUUUACCCCUGGCACACAACAGGGAGGGGAGUAGAGUCAAGAGUUAUGAUGUAUGGAAAACCAAAACUAAUGGGAAAAGGCAGAGAGAAGAAAAAUAAUGGCAAAUAAAAGAGGGAAAAUUAUGGAAAACAAAUAUAAAAAUGGGACCAAAUGGUCAGGAAACAUGAGGGUAUGGAGAAAGAGGCUACAUAAGGUGGUCGACGCUGCACGGAAGCAGCAUCUAUUUUCAAAGUUGGCAGGGAGAGGGGAGGAAUUCAGUGGCCACACAAACGUCACUGGAUUUAACGGGGGCUUAAGCUGAUCUAGAUAUCGAAAUCAUUGCCUGCAUUCGAUCCACAGGUGGUCUAUUGACAGGAGAUAUUUUAUAUCAUUAAUAUACAUCUCUUGCUUAAACAUCAGGAAAAGUAAAACAAAUCUCGCCAGAACUGUUUUCUGUUUAAAAUAUGUAUGGAGUGAAAAUGAGCAUUAAUUAAAUAUAUAGUACAGUAUUUAAAAAAAAUUGCUUUAAAUGUGUAAACGUUGGGGUUUCCCCCAAAAUGUAUUCUUUUUUAAAAACUGAAAUAAAA